CCCUCUGCCACCAUGAGGAACAUCUUCAAGAGGAACCAGGAGCCCAUUGUGGCUCCUGCCACCACUACUGCCCCGCUGCCAGUCGGCCCUGCAGACAACUCCACGGGGGGCGGGGCCGCGGGGGAGAGCCAGGAGGACAUGUUCGCCAAGCUGAAGGACAAGUUCUUCAACGAGAUCAACAAGAUCCCCUUGCCUCCCUGGGCUCUGAUCGCCAUCGCCGUGGUCGGGGGCCUCCUGAUCCUCACCUGCUGCUUCUGCAUCUGCAAGAAAUGCUGCUGCAAGAAGAAGAAGAACAAGAAGGAGAAGGGCAAAGGCAUGAAGAACGCGAUGAACAUGAAGGACAUGAAGGGGGGCCAGGAUGACGAUGACAAUGAGACGGGCCUGACCGAGGGGGAAGGYGAAGGGGAGGAGGAGAAGGAGCCGGAGAACCUGGGCAAACUGCAGUUUUCCUUGGACUAUGAUUUUCAGGCGAACCAGCUCACGGUGGGCGUUCUGCAGGCUGCUGAGCUACCUGCCCUGGACAUGGGCGGCACCUCAGACCCUUACGUCAAAGUCUUCCUUCUUCCAGACAAGAAGAAGAAAUAUGAGACCAAAGUCCAUCGGAAGACCCUGAACCCUGCCUUCAAUGAGACCUUCACCUUCAAGGUGCCAUACCAGGAGCUUGGGGGCAAAACCCUGGUGAUGGCCAUCUACGACUUUGACCGCUUCUCCAAACAUGACAUCAUUGGAGAGGUAAAGGUGCCCAUGAACACCGUGGACCUUGGCCAGCCCAUCGAGGAGUGGAGAGACCUGCAGGGCGGAGAGAAGGAGGAGCCAGAGAAGCUGGGCGACAUCUGCACCUCCCUACGCUAYGUACCCACAGCCGGGAAGCUCACUGUCUGCAUCCUGGAGGCCAAGAACCUCAAGAAGAUGGACGUGGGUGGCCUUUCAGACCCCUAUGUGAAGAUCCACCUGAUGCAGAACGGCAAGAGGCUCAAGAAGAAGAAGACAACAGUGAAGAAGAAGACCCUGAACCCCUACUUUAACGAGUCCUUCAGCUUUGAGAUCCCCUUUGAGCAGAUACAGAAAGUCCAGGUGGUGGUCACUGUGCUGGACUAUGACAAGCUGGGCAAGAAUGAAGCCAUCGGCAAGAUCUUUGUGGGCAGCAACGCCACGGGCACAGAGCUGCGACACUGGUCUGACAUGCUGGCCAACCCCCGGAGGCCCAUCGCCCAGUGGCACUCACUGAAGCCGGAGGAGGAGGUGGACGCACUUCUGGGCAAGAAUAAGUAGAUGGCCGCGGCUGGGACCCCGUGCCCUUGAUGGACACUGACAAGAUCCAGAGCUAUCAAUACCUCAGUUAUGCGACCUUAGAGGUUUUCUUCAUCGUUUGUGGUUGUGUCCUUGUUUUUCCUUCCUUUUUCUCUUUUUCAAGACCAACUUUCCUUUGAUGGCUGUGUGAGGAGAGUCCCCUAAGAGGUGGAAGAGAAGCCUGGCUCUGUUCGUCGUCCCAGGAGCUGCGGUCGGUCGCUGCAUGCCCUGCCGGUUCCCCCUCACUCUCUCAAAGCUUUGUUCAAGCCUCACCCUGGGUGAGGCCCUCUCCUGGCGGGAAGUUGCAGCGCUUCCUGGUUUUGUGCGUUCUGGACCAACAACAUGGCAGCACAUCUUGCUUUGCAACAGCCAAGCAACACAGUAGCCAACGGGUGUGUGUGUGUGUAUGUGUGUGUAUGUGUGUGUGUGUGUGUGUGUGUGUGAGUGAGUGUGUGGGUGUCUGAGUAUUUUUCUUCAUUCCUGGGAUGAGCCAUAGACAGUGAUCCUCUGUGGGAAGAGAAGGCUCUUCAGGGACAUGAGGAGAUGAAGAAAGUCCACUGUCUUGAGUGGAACAUGGUCUACCAGAUGGCGGAGAAGGCUCAGAAUCCCAGUCAGAGGCCGGAAGCCUUCAUACUCUUCUGGGUGGACAUUUGGGAGGCAGCA